AGCUUAGAGUCUACCCAAGAACUGAAAACUUGUAUGAUAACCAUAAUCAGUUGAAAUGGCUAAGAAUGGACAUGUUGAAAAUAGUUUAAUAAUGAAUAACCGAUAAACAUUUUUCAUUCCAAUCGCAAAUAUUAUUGAAAAACAAAGUAUGGAUGAACCAAGUCAACAUCAACAAGUAACAUUUAUUGAAAGUUGUUUAACCAUCCAACUGGGAGUGAAUUUAUUUUUCAUAUGAUAACAGUAAAUCACAAAGGAACAAAAUGUUGAUUCACUUUUCAUUUCAUGAUGAAUGUUCAUAAAUGUUGGAUUACCGAUUAAAAGUAAAAUUGAUAUCGACAGUUUAAAAUGCCAUUAAAUGGCUCAUCUUCAUAUUCAUUUUCAUCAUCAGAUUCAUCAACUUUUCCAUCAAAAGUGUUGCCCUUGCAUCAAAUUAAACCUGGAUUAUUGUUUUCCAACCAACUAUGGGUACCAAUUGCACCUUUAUUGACUAUAAUAUUUAUAUUUUAUUCAUCAAUUGACCAAGUCUCAUGCCGAGGAGGAGCAAUCACCAGAGGCUCAGGCGGAGCCAAAGGACCUCAUCGUCGUUACAAUGAAAAUGAAGAAACAGAUACACUUGGAGUAAUUCUGGUUGUUAUACUUCCUGUUGCUCAGAUGAUUGCUGUUCUCACGAUCAUUGUUUUACUACGUAUUUGCUAUCGACGUUACUGUUCACCAGCUCGAUCUAUACUCCUUGGACCAACAAAUGCCACGGAAACACCACAAGUAACCACAAUCAAUCACAUUUCAACGAAGCUGAUACCGUCCCAGUGUUGAUAUUGAACCAGUAACUGUUCAAACAAACCCAAACUAAAUCCAUGUAAAGUGCAUAAGCAUCAAUGUUAGAGCAAAGACGAAAAGUUGUUUAUUAGAAAAAAAAGAGUAAUUGUCCUAAAAUGAUCAAUUAAUUUCUCGAACAAACAAAAUAGAUUGUUAUUGAUCAAUAUUUGCAAAAUAAUAGCUAAAAAAGAUGUAUCUAAAUGUGUCUUCCACCUGUUUACAUGUAAAUAUCAACAUUAUUACGUACAAAAAUAAACAUUUUAAGC